AUGACAUCCAGAGUUCGAAAUACGAGGCAAGAUUCUGAGAACUACAAUGGCUCGAACUUCAUAAAAGCUUAUCAAGUUUUUGGUGAAGAUGAGAACAACAAUGUAGUCAAAUGUGAUGGUGAUGCAUCUCAACCAGGAGAGGAUGAAGAAGGGUAUGAAGAAUUGGAGUUUGUUGAUUCAGCAGUCCUGAAUGAGGAUGAUGGUUUUGAAUUUCAAUUCCCAAAGCACCUACUCAACCUAAUAGCUACGACUGAUGCCAUGAAAGCAACAUGCACCGAGCUGCUGCGCCCUAAUACUACCAGAUGGAACUCUUUAUUCCUAGCAGUGGAAAGACUUCUGAGGAUAAUCAAAGAUAAGGGAGAGGGAGCUAUCAGAGUCAUCUGCACAGACUUAGAGGUUCCAAUUAUGCUGGAGGGUGCAGACAGAACGUCGCUCAUCUUCCACUCUCAGAAGGAAAUGUUCCAGAAGAUGGAGGAAUCGUUUCAAUUCUGUUGCAGAUGUGGAAAACAGCCAUCUCAAGCAGCAGAUUCACUCAGACGCUGUGCAAGGUGUUUGAAUGUAUAUUACUGUAGUAAAGACUGUCAGAAGCAGGACUGGAGCACCCAUAAGAAAUAUUGUUCAAAGUUGCGCAUGGCUGCAGUAGAUAGACUUGUCGAGUGGCUUAUUUAUCAAGGAGACCUGCCCUUUCCCACAGAGGCGUGGUCUAAACCUCCUAAAGAGGUCCGAUGCUGGGAGGACUGGCUUUCCAUGCAAGGUGACCUUACAGCCCGACUGGAGCCCAUCCUGUCUGGAAAAAACAUGACAGACCUCUGGAGCAAUGCCUGCAGGCCACGGCCACAUGACGAGGAGCUUUGUGAAUCGGUGUGUCGUGUGUGUAGUGAAUUCUUUUCCCGUCCUCUGACGAUAGGAAUGGCGAUGCAAAUGGUCAAUCUGAAUCCCUACUCCCGACCCCUAACCGUCCAUGUGGUGGGGGCAGGAAACACUGAGACCCUGGGGGCGAGGACCACCGACAUGGAUGAGCUAAGUCGCAUGUUUCCCGGGCAUCAGGGGCUGGAGGUGGUCAUGGUGGGACCGGGAGUGGUGCAGGGACCCAUUGUAAGGCCUCCUUUAAGGGGGUUUGGUCCCAGAGGUAGAGUCUACAUUAGCGCCUACAAGGGACUUUACCACCAGUUCUGGGAGGAGCUUGUGGAGAAGGGAGAGGCAGCCAGACCAGAUCUUGUGGUGGGAUUUCACCCAGGGUUUGAUUCUCAUCAGGGAAUGUCAGAUGGCUGGUUACCAACACUGCUGCUGCUAAGAGAUUACAAUAUACCCACCAUGUUCACCAUGAGCAAUGAUGAGGAGCUGCAGUACUCCCUGCAAAUUCUGCUGGAGUUAGAGAUGGACAUUAAAGGUACUGGACCAAACCCAUUCAGCUCCAAGAAACCUGAGCAGGUGCAGUCGAGUCCCAACAAGGAACCAAGCUACUGCAGUGCCUUUUACCUGACCUUCCAAGAUCUGCUGGAGGACAAAGAGGAAGACUAGACUUAAUCAGUAUAGGAUCUUUUGAGGUUAAUAGAAUAAUUUGAAUGGCCUCUCUGUACAAUUUCAACCUUAAUGUUGUGAGAUUUCCUCUGGAAUUAUUUUGUACUGUGUUUACUUGUUUACA